GGACCUAGCAAUCUCUGCCAUAGUUGUCGUAACUUUUGCCUGAAAGAAAUAAAACAUCAUGGUAUUUACUUUUGCCACCCUCCGCCACCAGUGACAUAAGAAACCAGGGCUGGCGGCCUUUCGAGGGAAAUCCCUAAAAUGUGGCGUGUUUUCAGGUGCAUCAGGCAUCCAUCUGGGCUGCUAGGCUCCCGGGGUCCUUCACUGGCCUCCGCUGGAUUUGGACAACCGGCAGAAGCGACUGCCAAUGAGCUCUGCCGUGUACCGCCGUGGGCAGGGCUAGCCUUUAAAGGAGCCGCGACCCGUUAGCAAACUCGAGGGUGACCCGGAUGAUGGCGGCCGGUGCGGCCCUAGCCUUGGCCCUGUGGCUACUACUGCCGCCAGUGGGGGUGGGAGGGGCAGGGCCCGCACCUAUCCAGGACGGCGAGUUCACGUUUCUGCUGCCUGCGGGGAGGAAGCAGUGUUUCUACCAGUCCGCGCCGGCCAACGCAAGCCUGGAGACAGAGUACCAGGUGAUUGGAGGUGCUGGACUGGACGUGGAUUUCACGAUGGAGAGUCCUCAGGGCGUGCUGCUGGUCAGCGAGUCCCGCAAGGCAGAUGGGGUGCACACGGUGGAGCCCACAGAGGCUGGGGACUACAAGCUGUGCUUUGACAACUCCUUCAGCACAAUCUCUGAGAAGUUAGUGUUCUUCGAACUCAUCUUUGACAGUCUACAAGAUGAUGAAGAGGUUGAGGGCUGGGCAGAUGCGGUGGAGCCUGAAGAGAUGUUGGAUGUCAAGAUGGAAGACAUCAAGGAGUCCAUUGAGACCAUGAGGACUCGGUUGGAGCGUAGCAUCCAGAUGCUGACACUGCUGCGGGCCUUUGAGGCACGUGAUCGAAACCUGCAGGAGGGCAACCUGGAGCGGGUCAACUUCUGGUCAGCUGUGAAUGUGGCUGUGCUGUUGCUUGUGGCCAUCCUGCAGGUCUGCACACUCAAGCGAUUCUUCCAGGACAAGCGCCCCGUGCCUACGUAGCCCCAGUCAUGGAUGGAAAAUGGGGAAAGGAGGGCAGCAGGGCUUGUGUAUGAGACUUGGGGUCCCUUCCCCAUCUUAGUUUCCUAUGCAAGGAGACUGUGCAGUCUGGGACUGAGCUGUGACUUCCUUGAGACCCCCGGUCCUGGGUAGGGAACACAGGCUGGCUUGCAGGCCUGGGGCCCCCAGGACUUAGAGAGGGAGGGAGAGCUCAGCAGUGGCACUAACUUUCCUGGAAAUCAUGCAUAGGGCCUUAGUAAUGUUAGAAUGCAACCCUUACAUUUUCUGGCUGCUGCCUCUGCCCCCUACCGUGAAUGUGCCUUAGUCAGAGUCUUCCAGCCUACACCAGUGCUGCCCAGUAAAGGAUGGGGCCCAGAAAGCAAACUUCUCUGACUGCUCCCCACCAGGGCCCUCUGAGCCAGGUCAUGGUGGGAGGGAGCUUGCUGCUUUAGGGACCCCAUGCCUUUCUCUCUGUCACCAACCAAAGGCCUCUUGCUGAUGCUGCUGGGAGCAGCUUCUAGGCUGGGGAGGUGACAUGGCUGCAGUAUUCUUGCCAAGAUAGUCACUUUAUUGACAAGGAGGAGCCCCUGGCCCCUCAGCUCCACAGGAAGCAGGUUAUGAGGUUUGGUGACAGAACACUUGGAGUAAGGCCUGUAAUCUCCUGCCCCUCCCAGUCUCUGCAGGGUCCCCAGACAGGGCUGAGGGAUGGCCCAACCCAAGCCUGUGCAGGAGCCUCAUGGAAUAAAGGGCAGUCUGGCCUGGGUGCCAGAGUCAAUAAAUUAUGGUCAGAAAAUCAUAAAGCCUGGUGAUUGGGGCUCAGAGACACGAGCUAGGAUAGACCUGCCCCAAAGGGGCAGCCAGGCAGGAGGGAGGGGUCUCCCACGAAGCUCAGAAGAAAGGUCGGGCGGGAGCCGAUGGACGUGGUCUCCUGGGCACAAGAGAAAAAUCAGAAAGCAAAUUUUAACUGUGUCCCUAGCUGAGCUAGAAGGCCUGGGUGUCCAAGAGGGCAAGAGGAAAAAGUGGGACCUGGGAGUAGUUCUCAAGAC